GCAUCAUAGCCGAACCCCAUUGUCGAGGAGAGAGUGUCGAGGAGAGAGUAGUCCGACACAUUGGGUCAGCCGCAGUUGUCAUGUCUUGAUUCCAUGAUCUCCUGCAGCUUACAUCUGUCAGCGCACCACCACCACAGCCUAUACUUGCCUGGAAUAUGGAAAUAUACCCACAACAGGAAAAUACUCUUGAUGGAGCAAUAUCAUGAACCUGGCCGAAGCUGCAUUCCGUCAUGCGCCAACUGCCCCAACAGGUGUUGCCAAGUGGGUGCACUAGACAUGACCUCCCUUGCCAGAUGUCCCAUCUGAUCCUCUCAAUGCAUUGUCACAAAAAGCCAGCUGACCCCUCUUCUCAAGAUACAAUGAACCUUACACCGCUUGAUUCAUCAUCAAAGACGCAAACAACGCGAUGGGCCUCAAGACUUCAAAACGGCCGUUCAACAUAGCCAUCAUCGGUGGCGGCAUCGCGGGCCUCACCACCGCUCUCUUCCUCCACCACUUCUGCCCCCCAGGCUCAAUCGAGAUCAACAUCUACGAACAAGCAGAACAAUACCGCGAAAUCGGCGCUGGCAUCAACCUCGGCGUCAACGCCACCAAACUCCUCCACCAAAUCGGCCUAGGCGACAAGAUCAACGCUAUCGCUGGCUCAAAAGAUGGUGUUUUCUUCACCCUUCGACGCUGGGACAACAGCGAGGAGAUAACGACCAUCUACUCCAAUGACUCAGGCAAGAUCCGCCAGGCGGCCGUAUCACGGGCGGAGUUGCUCCAGGUUCUGCUCGAUGCUAUCAAGGAGAGAAAAGCAGCGACAUUGCACACAAAGAAGAAGUGCCGGUCCGUCACCAAAACAAAAUCCGCGAUCAAAAUAACCUUCACCGACACCACAACCACCACGUCCUCCCUCCUCAUAGCCGCGGACGGCAUCCACUCCCCCAUCCGCAAUCAAUACCUCCCUCACAGUCCCCCUCUCUACUCAGGCAAGAUAGUUUACCGUGGCCUGUUGCCGUUCUCUGCCUUGCCUACCCCCUGGCCAAUUCAAUCCCAUCAUGUUAUGUGGAUCGGACCAAACAAGCACCUCUUGGUAUACCCCAUCUCCCAAGGCGAAACCCAAACGUUAAAUUUUGUGGGCUGUAUCACCAUCCCGGAGGAAUCCCUCGGAGACCUGAAAGAGUCCUGGUCCGCCACUUGCCCAAGAGCGGAGUUGGAAAGGGAUUUUGGGGAUUGCGAUGGGAUAGUACAGGAACUGAUCAGGUUACUACCGGAGGAGGUGUCAAAGUGGAAGAUUAACGACCGGGAGGCGGCGGAGGGUUGGGUGUUUGAACAGGGGAGGGUGGUGCUAGUUGGGGAUGCGGGACAUCCUAUGGUUCCGCAUCAGAGUGCGGGGGCUGGGCAGGCGGUGGAGGAUGGGUUUGUUGUUGGGAGGGCUAUGGGUGAGUUUAUGAGGCGGGGGGAUGGGAAACUGGAAGAGUGGAUGGGGGUGUAUGAACGGGUGAGGAUGCCGAGGGCGAAUAAACUGCAGGAGACGAGUCGGGGGGCGGGGUAUUUGUAUCAGAUGCAGGCGGAGAGUAUGAAGGGGAUGAGCUAUGAUGAGUCUGUGCCGAUUUUGAGAGAUACGGUGCAGGAGAGGAUGAAGUGGAUUUGGGAGGAGGAGUUGGAGGGGGUGUUUGAGGAGGAGAGGGGGAGGUUGGUUGGAAAGGUGGAGGUGGAGGGGGGGAGGGGAGGAGGGGUUUGUUUUUGUAUGUGA